AUGAAGCAGUUCGCAAUCGUUUUCGUGGUACUGGCAUUAUGCCAAACCCCUGCUGCUAAGGCAGCGACUGGCUAUACGUCGCCACAGGUCUUUCCUUCUCCAAACGCAACUGGUGAUGGUGGUUGGUCCGAAGCCUAUCACAAAGCUGAAGAGCUUAUAUCCAAGUUAAGCGUGGAACAGAAGGUGUCUUUAGUCACUGGAACCAUUUUCGGUGGCAGUGGUUGUGUCGGAAAUAUCAACCCUAUUGACUCGGCUGGCUUCAAAGGAUUAUGUCUGCAAGAUGGCCCUCUGUCUGUCCGCACCGCAGAUCUAGCCAGCACAUUCCCAGCAGGUGUCACAGUGGCAGCCAGCUGGGAUAGAGAGCUGAUGUACGCUCGUGGAAAAGCACUCGGUGCGGAGUUUCGUGGGAAGGGAGCCCAUUUGAUCAACGGCCCCGUUGCAGGACCCUUGGGGAGACAUCCUAUGGGCGGUCGGAACUGGGAAGGCUUCUCCCCCGACCCUUAUUUGACUGGUGUGGCCAUGAACUCUACCAUCCGAGGCACCCAAGACAUGGGGGUACAAGCUUGUGCAAAGCACAUUAUUGGAAACGAACAGGAGACCCAGCGGACUAAUUCCUUCUCUCCAAACGGCACCGAGGUUGCUGCUAUCUCCUCUAAUAUUGAUGACCGCACGAUGCACGAGCUCUACCUCUGGCCAUUUGCUGAUGCUGUGAAGAGUGGAGUGGCUUCUGUGAUGUGCGCCUACAACCGAAUCAAUGGAACUUAUUCCUGUGAAAAUUCCAAGCUCCUGAACGGACUUCUGAAAUCAGAGCUCGGCUUCCAAGGAUACGUGAUUUCGGACUGGUUCUCCAUGCAUUCCGGGGCCCCGUCUGCCCUGGCAGGGCUUGAUAUGAACAUGCCGGGUGUGAUAAGGAUCGAGGACAUGCUAUCAGGCAACAGCUAUUGGGGAAAGAAUCUCACGCGCGCCGUCGGCAACCAUUCUGUUCCGGAGAGCCGACUAAACGACAUGACGCGUCGAAUUCUGACUCCUUAUUUCUAUCUCGGCCAGGACAAAGACUAUCCCAGUGUGGACCCCUCUAGCUUUCAUGUACUCAUCAAGUCCUAUGGCCUUGAACCCAGUCAGUUUGGCCUGCCGCGAGCGCCCCCCGCAAGGGAUGUGAGAGGGAAUCAUAAAGCCCUUAUCCGGCAGCUUGGUGCUGCAGGGAUCGUACUGUUGAAGAACACAAACUCCGCCCUGCCUUUGAAAAAGCCGCAAAAUAUUGGCAUCUUUGGCUAUGAUGCCGCCGACGUCGCCGAUGGUGUUAACUACCAGGGAAAUAUCAUUGAUGCUCUUGGGCCCUUAACUCCGCACACUGGCUUCACAGUGGGCACUCUGUCGGUAGGAGGUGGCUCGGGAUCUGCCCGGAACCCCUACGUGGUUUCUCCACUGCAGGCAAUCCGUGAUCGCUCGGACGCGCGCCUCCAGUAUAUCCUGAAUAACGAGUUUAUCAUUGAAAGUGGUAUUGCUACGCUCUAUCCAGACCCCGACGUCUGCUUGGUCUUCCUCAAGACAUGGUCUGAAGAAGGCAGGGACCGUUUGUCGUUCGAGAAUGACUACAACUCCACCCAACUUGUCGAGAAGGUUGCCUCUUCCUGCCCUAACACGGUCGUUAUAACCCACUCCUCAGGAGUCAAUACACUUCCGUGGGCCCAUAAUACCAAUGUGACGGCCAUCCUUGCUGCGCACUACCCAGGCCAGGAGAGCGGAAACUCGAUCGUGGACGUCCUCUUUGGAGACGUGAACCCGUCUGGACGACUGCCCUACACGAUUCCGGUGCACGAGAGCGACUACGACUUUCCCAUUGUCAAUAUCACCGGACCUGCCGCUUACGACACGGCGGCGUGGCAGUCCGACUUCACUGAGGGACUGAUGAUCGACUACCGCCACUUUGACGCCAUGAAUAUAAAGCCUCUGUACGAGUUUGGUUUCGGUUUGAGCUAUACGACUUUCGACUUCGAAGGGGAAUUGGAAGCCAAAAGCGUCAAGUCCAUUUUGUCCCAGUUUCCAAACUCCACUACUCGGAUCGCACCAGGCGGAAACCCCGAUCUGUACACGGAGCUCUUCACUGCUACGACUACUGUUCGUAAUACGGGCAAGGUGGACGGAGAUUCUGUCGUGCAGCUCUAUGUCUCGUUUGAAGCUGCUCGGGUGCCAGAGGGAACACCCAAGAAGGUCCUGCGAGGGUUCGAGAAAGUGCAUCUCAAAGCAGGGGAGGAGGCGCAGGUGCAAUUCCAGCUGACCCGGCGAGACCUCAGCUUCUGGAACACCACUGCACAGAAUUGGCAGAUCCCUGCUGGUGACGCGCACGUCAUGCUGGGAUUCAGUUCGCGGGACAUUCGCCAGAAGACAGACAUCAAACUACUGUAA